AUGACUGGAGGCAAAUCCGACGCUCACGACCUUUCCAAGGGGUACAAAGUCUCGUGGUCCUGGGGCUCUCAGCACCCUUUUGGUACAGUCAAGGAUGUGAAAGACGAUGGCGCCGAAGCCGAGACCAAGAAGGGCUCUACGAUCAGCAAAGACGGUAGUAAAGAGGAUCCUGCUGUGGUCAUCGAGACCGCCAACGGAAACAACGCCGUGAAGAAUGCGAGUGAGAUCGAUGGUGUCAAGCCUUGA